AUGCCCUCUCAAUCACCAUCGAAAUAUACCGUCAACAUCAACUACCUUGCAGGAAAGCGCCUCGAGUACGAGAAGAUCGCCCUCACGCAACAAGUCAUCCUCGACUUCGCACAUAACAAAGGGAGCCCCAACACAAGCUCUCUCGAAAUGUCGACUGCAUUAUCCGCCAGCGACAUUGCCAACCCAGCCGCAUUCCUCGCCGAAUGCGACGCUACGCUUGCGCGCGUGUAUGAAGACGGGAAAGAGCCGACGUACUCUGAGCGUCAGAGUCUGUUAGACGCCGCCGAGCGCGCUCUGGUUGUGUGGCACGAAUACAUCAUGGUCCACGCAUCGGCCGAUACACAGAUUGCCGUCACGCGGCGCUACCUUGAGCUCGCGCGCGAGUGGUCGAAGACCGUCGGCUCCUCCAACGACCUCGCCGGCUCCGAGCUCCGGCGGUACCCUCUCCGGCGCCCUCGCGUACCGGCGCGCCCACUCUCCCAUGCCGACAGCUGUGCUCUUCGGAAUCCCGGCGCACUCUGUGGCAAGGCUUUCCUCCUUUACCCAAACGACACAAAGCGGAGCGGGCUGUGGCGCGUCACCGGAGCUCAAUAUAAGGAGACAGGUGUCCGCCAGGGCAGGCCCGUACACCGCGGAUGGGCCGGCGAAGAUGCUGAAGUUGUAUAUGAAGUCAUGUUUGAGGAGUGCGAGCGCGCAUUUGACGUUGAAAGCACAGUCGUCUGGUCGCUGAUCCAGGACAGCUGGUACCAUGAUGAAAGCGCGUAA